AUGUCCUUUGUGGAGGACAAGGCAAGCCAGGGGUAUCCUAAUCCCCCCAACUCUCACCUGUCCUCCCCCUCAGAGAACCUAAAGAGAGAACUGAGCACCGGUUACAACCAGAACACCCUGCCCCCAACCACAAGGAUCGGCGGCAGCCGAGGCGACCGGGAGGGGGUGCGCGCCUCCAGCCUGCCCCUGGAGGCGGCCCGCGGGAGCGCAGGCCGGAGGCGCGCCGGCGCGAUUCCUGCCGCCGGAGCCGGGAGGAGGAGCCGGAGGUGGCUGCGGGGGGCUCAGGCCCCGGCGGAGGAAGGGCAAGAGGCGGUUCGGGCCGGGGGCGGCGCCGGGCGGUGGGUGGGCUGGACGCCCGGUGCUGGGGAGGGGCUUGGGAGCCGCCGGAAGGGGCGGCCGGGCCCGGGGGAGGGGGCCGCUGUGCGUAGUAAGGGAGGGGUGCGGGGGCUGGGCCUCUGGAAGCUGCGAGGAGCCUUCCCGGCCGUCUCGCGGACGGCCUCGUCACCGGCAGCACAGCCACGAAUCUCCAAGUCGACCCCUCACCCCUCGGCCGAGGAAGAGGGUGUUUCGGGACCCAGGGAUGGGCGGGAAGCGGCCGCGGGAGCCCCAAGUCUGCACCCAGGCGGGGAGGAGGCGGGCGGGAGCCGCUCCGCAGGCGCAGAGCCUCGGAGCCCAGAAGCCGAGCAUGCUGCCCCCGCGUGCAGCGCCCGCGUGCAGCCGGCCCGGAGAGGGGGCGACAGGGCGGAGGCGGUGGCCCCCGGAAGGUGUCUGGGACCGGACCGGCUGCACGUGAGCCCAGCGCGAGGUCAUGUGCACCGGCUCAGCCCGGUUCGGCGCCCGGACGUGCUGCGUAUCAACAAAAUGAAACUCGGGGAGACAGGAGGACAGAUAGCUCCGGGUUCUCUGAGCCCCCGCCCCCCCGCCGCUCGACCCCCGACCCCUACCGGUACCCAUCUCCAGUCGCGGCCCCGCCGCCGGGCCGGAGCCCGCGGGGCAAGUUGCAGCCCCAGCGCGCCCCCGCCCGCCCGCGCCCCCUCGCUGGCCUGGGGGCGCUUUGCCGCAGUCAUUAAUAAAGAAGGUCGCCAAGCUCACCCUUCCAAAAGUUGUUGUUGCAUGCGCCCCUCUCGGCCUCCCCGCACUGUACUCUUUAAAACGCGACUGACCAACAUGCGCAAUCUCUCGCCGGUGCCGUGCAUCCCCCCACCCCCCGCGCGCUGGCUUCCUAGAACAGGCAGCCAGCGGGAGAGAGAGGGAGCGAGCGAGCGAGCGAGGAGCGCUGGCAGAUCUGUUGCAAAAACACCAAAUAACGCUGUGGAGAUGCGCAGGGCUCAUCCGCCGGGGGCUGGAUCUUACCUUGCUCCGCGGUGCCCUCCCGGGGGGCGCUGCCCUCGGCUACGCGCCGCGGCGGGGGCCGGCGCGGGAAGGAUGCUCCCGAAACCAGGAGCUCCCGGGGCCGGCGCGGGAGGGCGGGGGGCGCGCAUCCAUCCGGGGUCGCGGCGAGGGAGGCGGCCGGGCCCGUGGCGUCCCCGGCCCCACGCCCCUGCCGGGGACGGUCAGCCCGCCGGACCUGAGCCGGUGCUGCUAGGAGUGGGCGCAAAGUAACUCCAUGGACGCUUCUCACCCCCCCAAAAUACAGCCUCCAACUGCGAUGGCCGCGGUCGGCACCAUUCACCAACCCCCUGUAUAUGUUUCUGUUUCUUUUUAAACCAAGACUUCCUUGUGA